GCGAGCGUGCCGUGCCCGCCGCGGCCGCUGGGUGGCGCGGCGCCGGGCACCGAGCGUGGGAAGCGCGGGCGCGCGGGCGGGCUGAGCUCACACUCCCGGGAAGCGGCCGCGGCGGAGCCGGGGUCCGCAGCGGCUGCGCAUCGCGCGCCUCCCGCCGGGCGCUCGGGGGCUGCGAGGUGGGCUGAGCGGUCCCCCGGGAGGGAGGAGGCCGGCCGGAGGGGGCGCGGAGAGGAACUGCAAAUGACAGAGCAGAGGGACGGCUGGCCCAGCCAAUCCUGGAGCUGCUGCAGCACUUGUUCCCCAAACAAACACGUUCUGGUGCAAGGACAGAGAGGAGGGGGCUGCUGGCUCACGCACCCCCCCGGGGACCACAGCCCCCUUGCUGCUCCCGUGUGGGAAGGACAGCCCGGCACCUUGGGCCACACGGACGGAGGCUGCCCUGGGCCAGGCAGGAACUGGGUUCCUACCACGUUCGGUAAGGUUCUCGGAGCUGGGAAGACAGGACUGGCCCUUGACCUUGGAGAAAUUGCAGUGGAUAGGAGGAAGCGCCCGCCCAGACUGCUGGACCUGUUUCUGCUAAUGAACACACACGUCUUCUAUCAAACCACACCCCUUUUUGAAGUUCAGAUUACUGAGAGGCCCCAAGUUGUGCCUGCUAUAGCCACGAGCCAUCGGUCUUUAAUUAGCCUCCACCAGCAAGACUGUUUGUUCUGGUUCCUUCCCAGUCAUCACUCUAGAGGAGUAAGAGCACUGCACAGAGCGUCAGGAGGCUUCUGCCAGCUACGUGGUCUCGGGUUUCUGGUGCCGGGCAGGCGUUUUGACCGAGCUGCGCAGAUUUCUCUGAUGCUCUGUGGGAAGGAGUAGCAGAAAUGGAGGCCUGCUCUCUAGGGUAGACCCCUGUCUCCAAAGUGGGUGGGCGCCCUCCAGAGGGAGUGUGGCCCUUGUCCCUCUUGGGAAUGUGGAAAUGCGGGAAGAGCAGGUUUUCCCAGUCACCAAGCAGUUGGCAGGCUACAGCCCAUAGGUCAGAUGCCUGCUUUUGUAAAUAAAGUUUUAUUGGAACCCA